UCAAAAUGAGUUUGAAAAAGAAAGUGUGCGGUCUAUGGUGCAAGCACAAGCCUUCGGAAAACCAAAAAGCAUUGGCCUUAGCCUUUGUGCCAUCAGCUGCCACCUUUGGACUGGCUGCAGCUUUGGCUGUUGUUUACUAUACCGAUUGGAAAGUAAUUGCCGGAUGGAUUCCCCUAUAUAACACCAAGUUUCCCAAACCCGAAGAUCCGAAGAAAAAGAAGAAAUAGGAGAUGAGUGCUGCCGCUUCACUUAUUUUUAGUCUCUGUGGUUGAACAAAAUCAGACUUUUGAAGA